CCUAACCUGCCCUUGCACCUCCUCUCCCCUCUCUUCCUCGGUCUGUUCGCCUCAGAAGAAAUCCACAAGAAUGAGAUCUCUGCUCUGGAGGGCGACACCAAGGAGCACGUGCUACACCAGAAGCACUCGGACCUGAAGCAGAAGAUGAGUGACCUGAACCAGGGCUUCGAGCGCCUCCGCAAGAUCAGCCGCGAAGGCUUCUCUACAGACAGCGAGUUCCGGGAGCCCCGUGUGAUUGAACUGUGGGAGGCGGCCAAGAGAGCAAACCUCAGCGACAACGAGCUGGACUCUCUCAAGGAGGAGCUGCGUCACUUUGAGACGAAGGUGGAGAAGCACAGCCACUACCAGGAGCAGCUGGAGCUCUCCCACCAGAAGCUGCAGCACGUGGAGUCUCUAGGAGACAAGGAGCACAUCAAGAGGAACCAGGAGAAGUACAACACCAUCGCUGAGAAGACCAGGGAGAUGGGUUACAAGAUGAAGAAACAUAUGCAGGACUUGUCCAACAAGAUUUCUCGCGAGGGACUGGAACACAACGAGCUCUGAGGAUCAACAACUGAAAUAAUUCCCUCCACUACCACACACAGCGUUCCCCCUUCAUCUACUGUCCAAACAGAUCAGUGUUUUCAACUUAGUGUUACACGUCCACUCUUCCCUUUUAAUCACUGAAUGAAUGAAAUGUUUGUACAUAAUAUCAGUUUUUGUAUGAUUCAGCUGGAUUUAUCCGGGUGACAAGCUAGUCAGAUUAUCAGUCACAUAAAAUAAAGAUGAAUUAGUUUA